AGGAAGUCGGGAGGCUGCAGAAAGUCUUGGGCAGGUUGGGAAUGUGGGCAAAGAAGUGGCAAUGGAAUACAGCGGAAGUGCACCUUGGUAGAAGGAAUGAAGGUGUAGACUACUUUUCUAAAUGGGUAGAGGAUUCAGUGGUCCAAAAGGACUUUAGGAGUGCUGUUGCAGCAAUGCCAAAAGGUUAAUUUGCAGCUUGAGUCGGUGAUAAGGAAGGCAAAUGCAAUGAUAACAUUCAUUUCAAGGCGACUAGAAUAGAAAAGCAAGGAUGUGAUGCUGAGGCUAUAUAGGUUUAUAAGGAGGAGGAGGGGCCACAUUUGGACUAUAGUGAACAGUUUUGGGCCCUUUAUCUGAGGAAGGAGAUGCUGGCAAUUGAGAGGGUCCAGAGGAGAUUAACGAGAAUGAUCCUGGGAAUUAUUGGGUUAACAUAUGAGGAGGGUUGGAUGGCUCUGGGCCUGCACUCGCUGAAGUUUAGAAGGAUGAGAGGAGAUCUCAUUGAAACCUACCGAAUUAUAAAAGGCCUAGAUAGAGUGGACAUGGAAAGGAUGUCUCCAGUCGGGGGAGAGUUAGAGCUAAAGGGCACAGCCUCAGAAUAAAAGGAGGUACCUUUAGAAUGGAGAUGAGAAGGAAUUUAUUUAGCCAGAAUGAAUCUGUGGAAUUCAUUGCCACAGAUGGCAGUGGAGGCCAAGACAUUGGGUAUUUUUAAACUGGAGAUCAAUAAGCUCAUGAUUAGUAAGUGGGUCAAAGGUUACAGGGGGAAGGCAGGCGAAUGGGGUUGGGAGGGAAAAUAGAUCAGCCAUGAUCGAAUGGCAGAGUAGACUUGAUGGGUCGAAUGGCCUAAUUCUGAUCCUAUAUUUUAUGGUCUUAUGGUAAUGCAGGAAAACAAAUUAAUUUCCAUGCAGAAACCUUCCAUAAAGGUAAUGUAAUAAACACCAGAAUGCACAUUUUUGUGAUAUGUUUACUGAGGAAUAAAUGUUGACCAGGACAUCAUAGCAUUCCCACAUUUCUCUAAUGGAAUAAUAAAUCAGCAUGUUUUUUUCUUGCAACGGUUUCUUAAAUGAGAUUUCUGCUCACAAAUUUAUUCCUGGUUGCUCAGCACUUCAACUCCCCCUCCCAUUCCCAAUCUGACCUUUAUAUUUUGCUUGAGUAGUUUACACCCUAGCGGUAAGAACAUUGACUUCUCUAACUUCAGAUAGCCCUUGCUUUCCCUCUCUAUCCCCUCCCCCUUCCCAAUUCUCCCACCAGUCUUACUGUCUCCGACUGCAUUCUAUUUGCCCCCUCCACUGACAUCAGUCUGAAGAAGGGUCUCGACCCAAGACGUCACCCAUUCCUGUUCCCCGUAGAUGCUGCCUGACUCGCUGAGUUACUCCAGCAUUUUGUGUCUAUCACUACAUUUAUAAACCUGGGUGAGGGUGUUACCAACUGAGCACAAUUGAUACAUUGUGAUUUCAUUGUGAUUAUUCUUUUACUUGUAACCUACAUAUAGAAAAGUCCAUUGUAUGUGUAAUUUUGUUUCAGAUGAUUGGCAGAGUUAGCAUAAUUAAUUUUUAUUUAUUUUCUGUCUUCCUGUCAAGUAGAAGGCAAAUUAUAGCAAGUUUUGUGGCUUUUCCAACUUUCUGUCUCCUUCAUCAUUACUAUUUCACUAAAGACAAAGUCAGUAGUUAUAUACUUCAUAUUUGAGUCUAAACGUUUUCUUUUGAGAUGAUAUGAGUUGUAAUCCUAGCAGAAAAAUGUAAUUAGUCUGCGUGCAUUCUUUGGUGCUAUGUAGACAGGAUUUGGGAGCAGUCUCUGUAGCCCAUGUGCUGUUCCAGCAUUUCCGUCACAUGUUUCCCCUGUCAGUUGGAAUGUUUACUGGCAGGGAGCCUCCACUUCUUCCCAUUUUAGCCUGCUGUUUAAAUCGCAGCAGUAAUGUUUUCAAUCUGAUUUAGAAAAAAAGAGGCUGCUGCUAACACCACUGCUUUUGUGUGGAGGAAAGCGGAUAAAAGGAACAAGCGUGGUAACAUGCUGCUGCUUUUAACUGUUUUAUUUUGUCUGGUACAUUUCAACUUCGUGUUCACAGUAAUGCUCUGACAGAUUCCCUGGUGCAGAGUACUGGAAGUUGAUUUUGCUUUCCCCUUUGGCUGUGGAUGAGAUGAUAAUUAGAAGACCAAUGUGCGCUCUUCCGCAGAGCAAAUAGACGGCUUUAGCCUAGGGAGGGUGGAGGCUACUAACCGACUGCAAAUUAAAAGCUGUGUAGGGAUAUAGAUUUGUGAGGCUUGGUACUACACUCUGAAAACUCAGAGGCAUCUUUCUCACAGAUGAAUGGCGUGGCUUUCUAUCUCGUUGGAAUUCCACCCUACGUGGAGGCACAAACUAAAACCCAGCGAGAUGAGAGAUCCCCCAAUGAAAAUGCUAACACGGUGCAGGAUGAAAUAUUUUCAUGGCCUGGCCCAAAGACUGUGCUACUACACAAGAACUCUCAAGGUUUUGGAUUCACGUUGAGACACUUCAUUGUCUACCCUCCAGAAUCUGCUGUGCAUCCGAGCUUUAAGGAUGAAGAAAAUGGAAAUGGAAGAGGACGUCAGAAAGGCCAAACAGAACCUAUGGAUACCAUUUUUGUUAAAAGUGUAAAGGAAGGGGGAGCAGCACAUCAAGCUGGGCUUUGUACAGGUGAUCGGAUUGUUAAGGUGAAUGCAGAGAGUAUAAUUGGCAAAACUUAUUCUCAAGUGAUAUCUCUGAUUCAAAAUAGCGAUGAUGUAUUGGAGCUCUCAGUUAUGCCCAAAGAUGAAGACAUUCUGCAGGUGCCUCCUUCUGUUGGGAGGGCAGGUGAGAAAGCUGUAUUCUUCUGCCUGACUUCAACACCUAUGCCAUCCCAUGCUCAGCUGUCAAUAGACAAUUGUGAGGCCUAUUCUCAGGAUGCUUACCUGAAAGGUAAUGAUCCAUAUUCUGGUAGUGCACACCACAUACCAGAGCCGCCACCCGUGUGCUACCCUCGACAUUUGGCCACCACCCAGACGAAAGAGCCUUUACUGACAGAUUCUUCACGGGGAAUGCUAGUGGACAACAGGAAUUACAAUGCCAGCUCGGGUUCUGACAGAGGAUUCUAUUCCGAUCCGUCAUCACCGCAGGAUAUUAGUACCACAACGAGUCCGCCUGCCAGCGUGUGGAAUGAAGGACAGGGUAGAUCGCGAUCAUCAGAUCUGUUGGCUGAGAUUGGAAUAAGUCAUUCAAAUCCCAUGCAUCACGUGGUGGAGGUGCAGUAUGGAAUAAAGCCCAGAUCAGUUUUAAUGAGAGAAAUGACUGCGUCGUCUUCAAAUUCCGUUGUACAGGGUCCAAUAAGCAAUAAAUAUGGUUCGGGUUCAGCUGCUAUGCAAGAUAGAUAUAGGGGGCGUUCUAAACAUGUUCCUUUCUCAUCAGUCUCAAACCACAAUGUUUACUCGGGUCCUAAAAGUAAUGUGGGCCAGAGAACUUACACCAGUUCUGUGAACAAUAGGGAAAAUGACUAUUUUCAUUCUGAUAUUCAGGGUUCAUGGGAGCGACUUGGCAGCACCAAAACAAGCUGCCAUCAAUAUAACCCACCCAGUUGGCAAUCUGCUCAGUUGCCACGUCGAAGCUCCUCUGAAGAUCGUUGUUAUACUGCUAUGCCCCCGAAAUACAGGAGUUACUCUCACGACAGACUUGAGGAGACUUCAUUACACAAACAUUGGCAUCAUAGUGCUUCCCAAGAUACUUUGCUUGAGCCUAUGAAUGAACAAUGGAGUUACAGGACUCGUUCAGAGGAUUAUCUGGGAAAAUAUGACCUAUCAUUGGAGAAUUUAACGCCCAAUGUCUUUACAACAGGUGGCGACAGAUUUGUAUGGACUCAUUCAAAGACUGGUACAACAAGUGGUGGUUUUUCUAAGUCUGGUGGACAAGAACAUUUGUUUUGGCAGCAUAGACCAGUGGGAUACCCUUCAGGUGAUCCUGCAAUGCAUGGUCAUAAGCAUUCAUCCCACCCAAACUCCAGCAGCAGCAGUGGAUAUUAUAAAAACACAAACUCCAGAAUAUCCAUUCCUCCUCAACAGCAAUGCAGAAAUGCAGCUACUCAUUCUCACUCGGUAAAGAGAACAGAUAUUGCACAUGUAGGGCAACAGACUGCCAAUGUUUCUCAAAGUAAAGUAACUCACCUUUCAGAUAGGCCGGUGUUUGUUUCUGGUUUGACUGUCAGUGAGUCCAAGGCUGAACGUUGUGCACCCUUUCAAGUCAGGAGAAUUGAUGUGCCUGUUGUUCGAGACCAAAGACAGACUAAUCAUGAUCGGCAGGGUGGAUUAUACCCAAAACAGACAGACAGGAACUGUGGUAAGGAGGCAGUGUUUCAACAGGACAUUCAACCUUUUGCUGUUGCAAAGUCUGGAGUUUCCCAACUCCCCGAAUGUGAGCUCCCUCCGGAAUUCGUACACAAGGAACAAGAAAUGCCGCCAACAAACAAAGCAGCGUUCUUGAGGCAAAAGCCUCCCACUGGCCGAAGAGUACCACCCCCUCUCCGGUACCCAACUUGUACGGAUAUGGUAGAACCAACAUCCGGCAUCUUGUCACCGGCUGACAUGUCUGAAAAUGGAUCUUUGGAACAGGCAACUGAAAAACUUGAAGUGGCAGCUGUAAAAUCCCCUGCAGACUCAUUGGCCUCAAUUCCAUAUAUUGAUGAGCCAACAAGUCCAAGUAUUGACCUAGUGGCAGGUCACAUCCCUGCCUCAGCUGUUGUUUCCAGUGUCCAGACCUCACCACCAACUAUCAUCACAAGUCCUGCUUCUCCAACAUUCACCUUCCCCCACCUCAUUCACCCUCGACAUUACUCUCAGGACUGCAGCAGCAUUAAAGCCAGUCGACGGUCAUCUUACCUUCUUGCUAUAACAACAGAGAGAUCAAAAUCUUGUGAUGAAGGCCUGAAUGCUUACCAUGAUGAGGCAAAAGUGUACUCGAAAUUGCCAAUCCGAGUUCCUAGUCUGAAGAUGCUGAGAAACUUUUUCAUGGAAGGGUCCUCAGAAAGCUUGGAUGGUUCUGAAAACAACAGAUCCAAGCGCCAUUCUACGUCUGACCUCUGUGACGUGACCUUCAGUGAUGUCAGGAAAGAGGGCUGGCUAUACUAUCGACAGCUGGUCACAGAGAAGGGAAAGAGGGUUGUGAGCAGCAUUCGAUCUUGGAAAAGGGUCUAUGCCCUCGUGCGAUCGCAUUCUCUAUAUCUGCACAAGGACAAAAGGGACGCAGUGACCUAUGUUACUUCUCCUGCUGAGGAUGAACAGCCCAUUUGUGUUAAAGCCUGUCUGAUUGAUAUUUCGUACAGUGAGACUAAAAGGAAGAAUGUUUUCAGGCUGACGACUUCGGAUUUCUGUGAAUACCUGUUUCAGGCUGAGGAUAGAGAUGAUAUGUUGAACUGGAUUAAAAUCAUCCAAGAGAACAGUAAAACCGAGGGAGAGGACACAAGUGCCAGAUUGAUACAAGUCAAAUUAAAGGAGUACAGGAACCAGAGCCCUGCUAAUAAUAAAUCGGACUCUUCGCCAAAAGGAUCACGGCAUCAUGUCACCCGUCGACCGCGAUCCCCCAGACAAGAUAAUGCAAACAAAGAUGAAAGUAGCCCUCCUAAGGACAAGAGCUCUUGGUUGAACAUAAUGAAGAAGACAAAAAAAACAGUUUCUGGAGCAGCUUUUGGUGUUCGGCUGGAGGAGUGUCAGCCUGGUGUAAAAAACAAGUUUAUUCCGUUGAUAGUGGAGAUGUGUUGUAAACUGGUGGAGGAGAAGGGCUUGGAGUACACAGGGAUCUAUAGGGUACCAGGGAACAAUGCCAUGGUCUCCAGCCUACAAGACCAACUGAAUAAGGGAAUGACUGAUCUAAAUACCUCAGAAGAAAAAUGGCAGGACCUGAAUGUGAUCAGCAGUUUGCUUAAACUAUUUUUUCGAAAGCUUCCUCAGCCUCUAUUCACAGAUGAUAAAUACAAUGAUUUCAUUGAAGCUAACAGACUGGAAGAUGCAGCGGAAAGACUUCAAACAUUUAAGAAACUGCUUUGGAAUUUGCCAGAAUAUUAUUUUGAAACCCUGAAGUUUCUCACGGGUCACCUGAAGACGGUGGCAGAUCACUCUGAAAAGAACAAGAUGGAACCGCGGAAUCUGGCACUGGUGUUUGGCCCAACACUUGUGAGAACAUCAGAGGACAAAAUGAUUGACAUGGUGACACACAUGCAAGAUCGGUACAAAAUCAUUGAAACAUUAAUACAACAUUAUGACUGGUUUUUCAAUGAAGAUCAGGACAUGGAUGGGAAAGCUCCAGUUGACCAUGGAUGUAAUACAGAGUUACAACCAGUACCUAACAUAGACCAUCUCCUCUUAAACAUUGGGAGAACUGGAGGAGCACCAGGGGAUAUCUCAGAUUCAACCACUAGUGAUUCAGCAAAGUCGAAGGGAUCGUGGGGGUCCAGGAAGGAUCUAUACAACAGGGAGCUCGUGAUGUCAAUCUUUGCAGCGGCCAACCGUAAAAGGAAGAAAAAGGAGGCAAAAGUGCUUGAAAGUAGCACAGACGAUGAUUCGGAGCAUGAACCUAUUAAGGCUAUUAACAAAGAGAGAUUAUUAGACAAGAAGGAAACGGACAAAAAGAAGGAUGUGGCAGGACAGAAAGAGAAGGAGCUGGGCAUGAGCAGGAACAGAGGAGUGGAGCCGAUUCACCAGUCCAUUGUUCGUAAAGAAAGUCUGAAGAAAGCAGGAGAAUCUAAUCAUUCAAACCAGCACUGCCAUCAGCCAUCUCAGUGGGAGAGCGAAGAGGCUAAUGUGGACUCUUCAUCUAAACCACAUCUCAGCCCAUCUUCAAUUGGCACUGAGCAUUCGCUCAAAGAAGGGACCGCCCUCAAACCUCUGGAUUCAGACAGAAGGAGAAAAUGCCCAGGUGAUCCAACAACUAGUACUGGUCCUCAGUGUAACAACAAUAGUGAACUGUUUUCCAAAAGCUCCAAGCAGAAGAUGUGGCACACACCUGAGAUGGAGCACAGGGAGUUAAUUCCCACCGAUGCCAGCUCAAUUGUUUCAGGAUAUUCCACCAUUUCGUCCGUAAUGACAACCCUGGAUCAGCACUUCUGUUCUGAGGUGCAAUCCAUUGCAGAGAGUAGGGGCGAUGAAGCUGAUGAUGAGAGAAGUGAGCUAAUCAGUGAGUGCGGAGGUCAGAUUGAAACGGACAAUGAAAGUGGCUACCUCACACGCACGCUGCCAAGCAAGGCUUCCAGCUCGCAGCAGGAGAGAGGAAGGUUUUGUCGUCGUGAGUCAGAUAGCAACACAAGCUCUGACAAAGAAGGAAUUGCAACACAAAAGUUAAGCAGUACGCCAUCUUUUAAUUCUCACAGAUUAAUACAGUGCGACACUUUGGCUCGGAAGAAAUUGACCAAACCAAAAGGAGCAAAUGAACUUGGCACCAUGAUCAAUGAAGAUAAAGAGCCUUCAGUGGUAACAAAUCUGUUUGAUAAUGCCAAUCAUCCCAAUUCCACCAAAAAACACAGUUUCCUCAAGAGCGACUCGAACAAAGAAGACACGACAAAGGCAGCAAAACGCAUACUGGCUGAUCAAACAAAAGUUCGCCUCAAAACCUCGGCAGAUGAUAUGUUUGGCGUAGGGCUGAGAAAGCAGAGUUCUCCAGAGACGCGUAGAAAGAAGAGCAUUAGAAGGAGACACACAGUGGUGGUACAGAAUGAUUUAUCAGAGUUUCACUUCAGAGAAUGGAAAGAAAACCAACUGGAAAGCAAGGACAGCAGCUACAAAGGAGGCAAAGCAUCUAACAUGAGCCAGUUAAAGCUUAAAGUUGAUUCUUGGGAGACGUCAGAUUCAGGAGGAAAAAUACAGCCGGAUUUAGAAUCUAAACCCAACGAAAUAUCCAGACCGGGUGACCCAGACCCACAGUAUUGUUCCAGUCAUCUAAGUGGGAAUCUUCAACCUGAACAGCCAGCAUUCAACAACAAGAACUUGAGCAGCAAUACAACCUCGUCUUCCCUGCCAGCUAGCUCGGCAGUAGGUCCAUGUAGAGACAGUGACUCAACUUCAUCCAAGUCCACAGGAAUAAAGGCUCAGAAACAUCCGACCUCUUCUCGAUUCCAUCAGUACCUUUGAUAGAAAUUGUUUAGAGCUAAAACAUUCAGGAGCUAGGCCAACAUAAGGGGUAUAUUUCCUCCCCACACCCCUCGGUAACAGGUUGGAAAACUCCCGAUCAUUGGAGCCAAAAAACUCCAUUUUUAAAAAUGUUUACCAAUAGAAUCCUGAAGUCCCACCAUUGAUGACUUUUUAAAAACACUUUUUUAUCAAUUUCCCUUCACUUAACUAUCUUCCUUUUAUAGAAAAUUGAAAGAUACUGCUGCAUUGUAUUUUUGGAAAUCUUAUUUGUUUCUCGUAAGGGAUUAAGCUAGAUGGACAUUAAGAGACAUACUUGGAAUCUUUAAGGAAAAUCAAAUUAAUUGCUUGGAAAUAACAUUUGAAACAAAAUUACCAAAAGCAUUUAGACUUUGAAUUAUAUGCAGAUUUGACCAACUUUCCAUCGAAAUUCCACAGAUGUGGACAAAACCUUGGAAAAUGGUCUUUUCGGUCACUUAAUGGUUUCUCUCCAAAUUCCAUUGGCUUCUCACAACAGAUAGAGUGAGAUAUCUGUAUCUGGUGAUCUGUUGAAAUCUCCACAAUUAGCAUUUAUCCCAGGAAAUGUGGACUUUUAAAUUUGAAAUUCCCUUCACUAGAAAGGCAAACUCAAAUCAGAAUAAGGUUGGAAUGUAAGGUCUCAGCAUUUGAAAGAUAUAGACUGUCUGAAUAAUGUUCUGCGAAGGAUCUGUCCCCAAAUUAUUUUUCCCUUUAUAUUGUGGUUGCAUCAAGUGUAUUUGGAGCAUUUUAUGUUCUUUACAUUGGAUCUUUAAUUGCACAGGACCGGUCAGAGUGGAUGUGGGCUAAAGGGAAUGAUUCAAAAGGGCUGUAAAUAGUCAGUGUACGGUGUAGUCGCAGAAUUCAAAAGACUUUAACUACUAAUAUGCCGUUGUGGUUAGAGGUUGUCAUAAGAGUAACUAGCGUUGAAAUUGCUUUGCUAACCUUCCAUGUUCUGGUGCAGUUUAACUCAGUUAGUUGAACCUUGGUGCUGCAACUUAUACCGAUCAACGUCAUUUCUUUCCAACCCUGUUUGCACAGAGAACGUGUUGCUCCCAGUUUCAGUUGCUCAAAAGAAAGGGAAGGAUUUGUGAUAGACGGAGCACUUAAACUCUCAUAUAUUUAGGAAAACAUUCAAAAUACUAUGCACGUGCCAUUAGGUACAGCAGCAAGGUGUUGCCUCAUGAUGAAUCUUCGUUACUUUAACUUCCAAUUCCUUAUAGAUGCUGCCUCGCCCGCUGAGUUUCUCCAGCAUUUUUGUCGACCUGCUUCUUAGCUCUAUGCUGUUAUGUCAACAUCUGCUGUGAAGAACAAGGAUAGCCAGGGUAUUGUAGUAGUAUUAGGAGUUAACCCUGACUGCAGAGCUACUGUUUUCAAUGGCCCUUGUAAUACCAGAGAUUGGAGUGUGAUGUCUUGUGAUGGCUACGUAGUCCUAAUUUUGAGAGAAUGCUGAUUAAAAGAGCAGUCUUUUUAAUUGGCUUUGACCUCCUGCUUCUCACAUCUCGCCAAAUAGCUUGGAAAUGAAUCUAAAUAAAAGAUAUUAGUGGUCAGUGAACAAGUUGUGUGACUGUCAUCUGGGUGGCAUCACAACAGCCAUUGAUUUCACUGUCUUAAGGUAAAAGAUAGCAUGAUGCAGGUGGCUUGCAGCCUGCACUGAGAAUAUCCCCCCAGCUUCUCUUCCUCCACUGCCACAACUUCUCUGGAACUGAAGGGGAAAUCCUGUGUGUGUAUUUAAAUAUUGGAUUUGCUGCACUCAGCUUUACAAUGGAGAAACUGGAACACUUUGGAGGAAAUAGAACUAAAAUGCUGGACAUACUCAGCAGGUCAGGCAGCAUCUGAUGCAACCUAACCAGAGCAUUUCCAGCAUUUUGUGUUUACUGCAGAGGUGAGGUUGAAGCUUCCUUUGACCAUCAGAAUAUGCUGUUGCUUGCUCGUUGUUUCCAGAUCUAGUUGUUAACAUAUUAGUCUGCAUUAAAUGUUUACUACCAGAUGAGAGUAAAUUGAAACUUUCAUUUUUCCCUAGAUGAUUAAAGAUUUUUAUCUGGUCCUAAAUAAUUUCUGUUAAUUGCAUAUUAGCUUCCUGCUGUUUAACAACAGAUUUAAUUAUUAAGAAACCAGUUUAUAAAAAGGAUAAAUCUAUUUUCUGCUUUAAAAAAAAGUAGUUAUACUUUACUACAACUAAUGCACUAAUCACUAAAGUAUUUAUGUAUUGUACUUAUUAACAGAAAGAUUAGAUACCCAAACUAACAAGUUAAGUUUUGUUUUAUUUAAUUAAGAUGUCUUUUGGGAGCACCAACUUUGUGUCAAAAUUGGUGAAGGGUGAGUCUGGAGAAUUAUAAAUCAGUUUUAUCAAGAGGAAUGUAGAACCCGUAGAAGUGCUGAUGGAUUUUGAUGGAAUUUAAUGCACUAGCACAGUGGUAGGAAUACAUUUUACAAUCUUUGCCAGGCAGAACAUGGAUUUAUAAUGGCUGUAUUUUUUAAAUGUAAAGUGAAAUGGAACUCCCUUUUCAUUUUAAUCACAAGGAUAUAUAUUAUGGUAGCACUUAGUGUCCAACAUGACUACAUUCAUGGAGAAUAGUUGUCUUACUCAGUUCAACCCAUUCUGCAUCCAAUAUGUAUUGCCACAAUAAAUAUAUCAACACAAGGUCUUCUGGCAUUUGUUCAGCUGGCUGAGGCAAUGACAAAAUGUCCACUUUCAACCUUGUCUUUGCUGAAUUAACAGAUUUCAACCAGAUCAUGAUUCUCUGUAAACAUUAACAAUGACCAGAAAGAAUAUUUGCUUUCCAUGGAACAAACUAAACCCAUGGGAGGGAGACAAAAUCAGGUGGAAGGUUAUAGGAUUGUUGAGGGUUCAGGUGAGACAUUGAGAAAUUGUCAUUAUUCUCAGUGUGGAAUAUAUUAAAAAAUAAUUUUGGGACACUUUAUCUGCCCUUAAUUUCGUUGCCAAUAAUUUUCAGCUCCACCCAGCAAAAGUAGGCAAUUUCUGUAACUGCGAACCAGUGUUUUAUUAUUUUAUUCAACCCUGAAAAGAACUUGCAUUUUCUCCCCAUAACCCAACCUCUUCACUCCGAGUGCAACAUCCAGUUGUUUCUUAAUAAUUCAGUUCAUUAUGUUCACCUGAAUCAGAAGGAAGUGGAACCCCCACAGAAACACACGAAUAGACAAGUGCCACAUUGAUAAGAAUACUUUCUUUGCAUCUGUAAUUGGGGGGGGGGGGGGGUAGAGGAGAAGUGGAGACGAGGAGAUGAGGAGACAGGACUGGAGGUAGGAAAGGGCUGAACAAAUCAUUCACUUUUGCAAUACUCUGAUUAGGAAAAAUAAACUUCUGUUUCUUAAAAAUCCAAGAAUGUAAAGUCAGAAUUUAUGGUCAGUUUUAGAGAACCCAUUGAAAACAUGGUCAUGAACCAGAGCCCUGAUUGCUAAAUUAAUAUUUUACUGCCAGAAGGAAUAUGCAUUCCAGAAUACAAUUUUCUUAAUACUUCUAUUUAAAAAUAUUUACUCUUUAAAAACUGCACUUGAAGAUUCAUUCACCCACAGUUACAGCAAAGGAUAGGUUUAGCUCUUCUCUGUAGAGCAUGGUAUCAUAUCUAGAUAUUGUUUCACGAGUUUCUUGUACACGGCCACAAACUGAAGGACUAGGUGAGGGUUGUUGAGAGAGGCGGAAGAGACAUGCUAUUUACUUAGAUGUUUAAAAAAAAAUACGACUGCACUCCUUUGGCAUUCUCUUUAAAGUUAAUAUAUUGUACAGAGAUCAGAUAGUAAUAAAACUUUCUGGUACAUAGAGUUAGGUUGUAGUUUAUAUAUGUUAGCCAAUAACUGCUUCUAAUUGCAUACAGCAUCGUCAGUUUGCUUAUAAUUAAUUCUAGUAUGAGCAUCUUUUCUAACUUCCCCAUUUAAAAAACUUUCAUAUAAAACCCCAGUGAGGAUGGAAAUAGCAGCUGAUGUUCCACAUGUUUUGUGUAGGCGGAUUAUCCUUGUGAUUUUGACCUUUAAUGUCAAGCCUUUUCCCCUUUUUAUGGCCACCUGAAUGUUGUGUGCUGUUACUUAUUUAACGGAAGAUAAUGAAUCUAAAUUCAUAGUGAUCUUUCUAGACAAUGCUAAAGGCAAUUAGCUGGGGAGAGACUACAAGCACUGACUGGCUCCUGAUGUUUUUUUUUAUUGAUGCAUUUGUGGCUAUAUGAUUUUCUAUGGUUUUGUAUUAAAAAAUUGAGCAUUUAAUCUUGUUUUGUGUGUGUACAUAUAAAUAUAUAUAAUAUAUUUUUGUUGCAUUGUUUACAUUCGUGCUUCUGUGCACAUUUUUUUGUUUCCACUGUUACUUGAAUUUUUAAUUUUCGAUACUUUUGCUCCUCAGCUUGCUCAGGUCGAAUUAAAAACUCGGUAACAUGCUAAUCCUUAAAAAAUGCAUUUAAGAACUUGUUUAACCAGAGCCAGCGACUGCACAUGCAGGGCAUCCACGAUUCCGCUAUAAAAAAUAUAUAUGGUCACCAAUAUAAGGUAUGGGAAAGGUCACAACAUCGCACUCAAAUUGUUUUUGAAGAUUAUGAAAUAAGAAAAGACUGAAUGGUAAACCAUGUUUUGGAAAUAUUGUUCCACGUUAAUUUUACAAUUUUUCUCAGGAUUUUGCUAAAUAAUUCAUCUUUAAACCCAGUUAAACUGCUAUUUUAACACCUAACUGUGCAAAAAAGACUUGAUUAUUAUGAUUCCUUAUUUGCUUCUUGUCUCCCACAAUAAUUGAAAACACCUGUGAUUUCUUUUCAACUUUAAAAUGUAACCUGAAAUCGCUGUACUGAGGGCCACCGUUCCUUCUCAUCCGUGGGGAUGCACAAGGAAGCAUUCUGUGGCUUGUUUGUGUGGCAAUUUCUUGAGGUUCAGAUCAUGAGCAGCAAUAGCUUUUUAGUUUUGAAUCUGUAUAGUCAAGUGUGAUUCAUUGCAGUAUCGCAUCUCUAACCAGUGGCGUCAGGUAUAAAAACGCCCUGCCCUGCUGAUCCAUUGUUCUAGCUGUUAAGACCAAGGAUUUUCUAAAACUACCAUGGUUUGCCAAAAAUUAUCUUAACAAGACAUGACUAUUUCUUACUCAUAUUAUGUGUAAAUCUUUGCAAAUUUUUUAGUGGUUUGUGAAAAUAUUUUCUUCAUCAUGUCUCUGAAAGUGAUUGUUACACACAGUGUGCAAAUGCACCUUAAAACAAGCCAAGUAGUUUAACAGUUUUGGAUUCUUGUUGACCGCAAUUGUAUUUAGCUAAUUUUACCUUUUCAUGUAAAAUGCCUCUUUUUUUUUUGCAAGUUUUUUCACAUCUCGAUUCCAGACUGCUCUGGAAUUUAUUUUAAUAUAACUUUUAACUUUUUUUUUAAUUUAACACAAAUCUUGCCCAGUUAUAAACCUGUUUUGUUUUGUAUAUACAGUAUUUCAUGUUGUUUUUCCCAACGUUUGCUGGAAAGGUUGAGAGAGAGAGAGAGAGAGGUGUGUGGGCUAUAUCUGCUGUGUUGUGCAUCUUGCCAGUACCUGGCUGCUCUCUGGGCUCUUCCUGACUAUUCCAAAACCUGAUGCCAAACGUAAACCCCUCACUUCUGAGCAUCUUGGUUAAGCUUGCGGAGGGGUUGUGGGAUGACCACAAGUAAUUCAGACUGAAACACAACAGUGGCGGGGGGGGGGAUUUCAGUAUUAACAGCCCAUGCUGUGGAUAAAGAAAAACCAUGUGACACUUCAAGACAAUUAGUAAGACACGAUGUCUGACUGAGAUGUUAUACGCCCCACUUUUCCAGCGUUCUUUAUUAUUUGUGUUCGGUUGCUGUUUACCUGCAGUAUUGAGAGAGAUUGUUUGGCGAACAAAGCAUUUCAGUGCUUCCAUUUUAAUACAAAAAAUCAGGCAUUCCAAUGGAGCUUUGGACAAUGCUGUCAACAUGACCUUCUUCCAAUUUACAGUGCUCUGUUUAUUAAAUUACGCAAAUUUGCUGUAAAGUUAACUGCUUAUUUUGUAAAUAUGUUGAAGUAUCAUCUCUGACAAAAGCUGUGUAACAUAGAUAUAUAAAUAGUGUUUAAUUAAAACGUUUCUUUAUGCCUCUUGCCAAUAGGCUGUAAAAGAACAUUGUGAUAUUGUUAAAUUCUGCAUGAACUUCUGGAGUCUACAACUGCAAAUGUACAUGCAAACCGCCAUGCUUUAAAUAAUGCACCAUCCUAUUUUAUAAUAAUGAAAAUAAACUGAUGUCCCCUCCAGUAAAACUAGUUUCCCAUGUAUUUUA